AUGGGAAACACAGGAUCUAAGUCUGCCAAGUCAACAAAGUCAACAAAGUCCUCCAAGGUGAAAAAUGGGAGCAAAUCAUCCGAUGGUGAUUCUUCUGCAUCGCCUGCAUUCACCAGAACUGAUACUUCUCAGUCGGUGAGGUCCACAAGAUCGAUGAGAUCGCUGAGAUCAAGGCGAUCAGAAACAAAUAGUUUGAACUCUAGAAUCAAUUCUAAGGAGGAGGCUGGAUCCAGUACAGUGGAUAAUGCAUCCGAAGCGAAUACGGAGACUCCAAGAAGAGAUGGCCUGCAUCAUCGUCACUCGGAAAGCGAUUUUCUGCAUCAACCUAACACAUUAGCGGAUAAUAAUCACCUGCGUCCGUCAACCCCAACUUCUAGCAGGGCGCAAUCCAAGAGAUCAAGUUUUGCAAAUACCGAUUUACCACCGUCGAUGAUUCAGAUGGCACCCAAAUCGCCCAUUUUGAAAAAUAAAGUGUAUAACAAUACAAAUGCAGCAAAUUAUAAUGAAAACGCGUUGACAGAUGAAGAUGACGAUGAUGAUUACGAUGAUAGCAGUAGUAAAAAGAAAAACAAAAAUGGUGGUAGUAAUAGAUCGAGGGAUAGUAUUUCGAAACACAGCACAUCGAAGAGUCAAUUGGACAGCGUCAGACACAAUAUUUCUUCAAGACCAUCGAGUGUCAGAAGCGGAUCUUCGUCUAAAAUACGUAGGAGAUCAGAUAACUUUGACGGUCACGAAAUGUCUCCAAAUCAGCAUAUUAUGACGCGAACUAAUUCACAUGCGUCAUCGAUACAAACGAGAAAGUCUUCAGGUUCCGCGGGAACCACUGCAUAUAGCACACCAUUAAACUCGCCUGGAAUUAUUAGAAGAACGGAUCAACAAGAUGAUUUUAUUGAUGGGCAAGAUGACUACUUUGGAAGUGCAAACAUUAAUGUAGGCAAUCAUACAGAUGGGCAAGAGGUUGAUGAAGUUAAUUCGGAAAAUGAUGUUAUGGGCGAAAAGCAUCAUCAUUUAAAGCUUCCAGAUGUCAAAAAUUUAUCGCGACGUGAGUCAUUGAAUGAGUAUCCAUCAAAUAUACCCGAUAUAGUGGUUGAUGAUAGCUCCCCUAGCGCUAAUGAUCAGCGGCAAUCGGGACCCAAGAAAAAGAGAAUCAUCAAGCCUAUCAAUAUUGAUGAAACAAUACAAAAAUUGCUAGAUGCAGGGUACGCCGGUAAAAGAACCAAGAAUGUCUGCUUGAAAAAUUCAGAAAUAUCACAAAUUUGUCAAUUAGCUAGGGAGAUGUUCCUUUCGCAGCCGUCUUUAUUAGAACUAUCUCCGCCCGUAAAGAUUGUUGGAGACGUUCAUGGACAAUAUGGUGAUUUAUUAAGACUGUUCACUAAAUGUGGGUUUCCCCCCUCUGCUAAUUUCCUAUUUUUAGGCGACUAUGUCGAUCGUGGAAAGCAAUCUUUGGAAACGAUCUUGUUGUUGCUUUGCUAUAAAAUAAAAUAUCCGGAGAAUUUUUUCCUUUUAAGAGGAAAUCACGAAUGUGCAAAUGUGACUAGAGUUUAUGGUUUUUAUGACGAAUGUAAACGGCGAUGCAAUAUUAAAACAUGGAAAUUGUUUGUCGAUACCUUCAAUACCUUACCAUUGGCUGCAAUAGUUGCUGGUAAAAUUUUCUGUGUCCAUGGAGGUUUAUCACCAGUUUUGAAUUCGAUGGACGAAAUUAGACAUGUUAGUCGCCCAACAGAUGUACCCGACUUUGGCUUAAUCAAUGAUUUAUUAUGGUCAGAUCCGACGGACUCGCCGAAUGAAUGGGAAGAUAAUGAAAGAGGUGUCAGCUAUUGUUAUAACAAGGUGGCAAUCAACAAGUUUUUGAAUAAAUUUGGUUUUGAUUUGGUUUGUAGGGCACAUAUGGUCGUCGAAGACGGAUACGAAUUUUUCAACGAUAGAAGCUUAGUGACAGUUUUUUCAGCUCCAAAUUAUUGUGGUGAAUUUGAUAAUUGGGGAGCCGUUAUGAGUGUCAGCGAAGGUUUGCUUUGUUCAUUCGAAUUACUCGAUCCUCUGGAUGGUGCAGCUUUGAAACAAGUCAUGAAAAAGGGAAGACAAGAAAGGAAAGUAGCUAACCAGCAACAAAUGCAAGACACUCAAUGA